UUAAAUUUAUAAAUUUAAUUUAGGACAAAGAUGGUGAUCGUGCUGUUCAUCAUGCAGCAUUUGGAGAUGAGCCUGGUGUAAUGGCGUUGGUAGCUGGCGCGGGAGCUGAUUUGAAUGCCCGGAAUAAACGACGUCAAACUGCACUUCAUAUCGCUGUCAAUAAAGGGCACGCAGGUGUUGUACGAACUUUAUUGGAAUUGGGUUGCCAUCCAAGCCUCCAGGAUGCUGAAGGAGAUACUCCACUUCACGACGCUAUCUCCAAGAAAAGAGAUGACAUGCUAACGUUGUUAUUGGACCACGCUGCAGACAUUACUCGUACUAACAAUACCGGUUUUAAUGCUUUACAUCAUGCCGCUCUCCGUGGAAACCCAAGUGCAAUGCGGAUCCUUCUUUCAAAACUUCCCCGGCCGUGGAUAGUUGAUGAAAAAAAGGACGAUGGGUAUACAGCCCUUCAUCUUGCUGCCCUCAAUAACCAUGUUGAAGUCGCCGAAUUAUUGGCUCGAGUUGGCAAAGCUGACCUGGAUCUUCAGAAUGUCAAUUUGCAGACUGCGCUACAUCUUGCCGUGGAGCGUCAGCAUACUCAAAUCGUUCGAUUGCUGGUACGAGAGGGUGCGAAUGUUAACGUCGCUGAUAAGGACGGCGAUACACCUCUUCACGAAGCACUGCGUCAUCAUACGCUAUCACAGCUACGGCAAUUGCAAGAUGUCAAGGAUGUAGGACGACUAUUAAUGGGUCUCGGUUCACAAGGACAAGAUAAGAAGAGCAGCUCUUUUAUCGCUUGUUUUCUAGCAGCUCAUGGCGCUGAUCUUGAGCUCAAAAACAAAAAGGGACAAACUCCACUUGAUCUUUGUCCUGAUCCCAAUCUUUGCAAGACUCUUACAAAUUGUCACAAAAACAAAGAGUCGCACGAUAUCGAGACAAUGACACACGCCCAGACAAUCGAUGAAUGCUUGGUUUGCUCGGACGCGAAAAGAGAAAUGUUAUUUAAUCCUUGUGGUCACGUCAUCUGCUGCAAUGCCUGCGCGCCGAGGGUCAAAAAAUGUUUAAUUUGCCGUGAAAAUGUUGUGUCACGAGUUAAAAUUGAAGAAUGCGUGGUUUGUUCCGAUCGCAAAGCUGGCAUUCUAUUCCGUCCAUGCGGUCAUAUGUGUGCCUGUGAAAGCUGCGCCACCCUGAUGAAGAAAUGUGUCCAGUGUCGGGCUCAAAUUCAGCACAUGGUACCCUUGUCCAUCUGUUGCGGCGGAGGAGGUGAUAUUUCUUAUAUUAAGGGACAAAAUGCCUCAGGUACGAUAUCGGAAGUUAAAUCUGACGUCGAGGAUGAAUCCGUGCUGCUGAAUACUAAUAAUACUAACACAGAGGCGGUAUUAAUGAAUAACGGUAGUCGAGAUACAUCCCAUAGUGAUAUACAAAAAUUACAACAGCAAUUACAGGAUAUUAAAGAACAGACAAUGUGUCCAGUGUGCUUAGACCGAUUAAAGAACAUGAUAUUUUUGUGCGGCCACGGGACAUGUCAAAUGUGUGGUGAUCGCAUGUCCGAAUGCCCUAUUUGUCGCAAAGCAGUCGACAAGCGUAUUCUCCUCUACUAGUAGAACAAAGUUCAUUUAAGCAAUGACAACGAUAAUAAUUAUUACAUAAGCGUAACGUUAAUUUAUAAGCUAUAACAAUUAACUCUCAUACGUACUAAUCUAUGAUAACUGAUAAGAUUAUAGAUAAAAGUAAUUAUAAUUACUAGACACUAAUAAUCAAUUAUAAAAGACUGUGACUGCGUUAAGUUUACACGGGAAGCCGCGUUAACUGCGCACAGAUAGUAAGACGGUUCAUUUUUUGCAAUUUUUUAUAAUAGCUCUAACAGUUUAAAUUAAUAUUUUUGUAGAUGAAUUUAAAAAUUUUUUACAUUAUUUCUAUUUUUAACAUUUACUAUUUACUAUUAAUAUAUAUAUACAUGUUUAGUUGUCACUGAUUGUUGACGUUUAUUAACUCUUUAUUUUUUAUGUUAUUUAGAGGCCAAAUUAUGUUAUGCCUAGUUGUUAAAUAGGCAUUAGGUAAUUAUUUUUAGACGUUAGUUUAUUAAUUAUAAAGACACUAAUUGUUUAUA